CCGGGGUUUCUGGGCUCCUAGGCUUGGACUAUUCCUCAGCAUCCUGCUGAGCUCUUCCCUCUAGUAGGGAGUUAGCCUCACAUACGGGCUGACCCUUCCUGGAGACUGGCUGAGGACUGGUUGCCAUAGAGAUGGUGGAGAGGACAGUUCCAAGGCUGGCAGAUGGGGGUGGGGGUGGGGCAGGACACCAAUAUGCUAAACACCCACCAACAGUUGGUCAGGACCAGGAGAGCAGGGCAGGACCACAGGCUCCAGGCUCCAGGGAUGGGCACAGGGCUGCUGGAGCUUCUGUCAGGCAUCGACCAGGCUGAGCAGGUGAGGGAGGCCCCAUGGGGGACUUCCAACUGCCCAGGGGCAGCCUGGCUAUCGGGGCCAGGGGAGGCCAGGGUUGAGGGAGGCCCUUGAGAAGCCAUGGGACUGAGCUGAGGCCUAGGUGAGAGUCAGGGAGGCUCGAGGGAGGAAGGGGCUAUGGGGAGGCUUAUAAGGAUGGGGGUGAAGACGAGGAGGAUGCCAGGAGAUGACUCCCAGGCUCCCAGGCUCCCAAUGGAGCGAUUUAGGGAACACUGUGGGAGGAGCAGGACUUUGGGAGAGAUAAUGAGUUUCUUCCAUCUUGGCUUGGCAAGUCCAGGGCCCUAUGGGGCAGCCAGAAGAGCGGUCCAGGACCCCGAGGCAGCAUAGUGCAAUGGUGACAAACUACGCUCUGGGGACAGACUCAACAUGUUCAGGUCCUGGCUCCAUUGACUGGCCGUGUGACCUUAGUCAAAUGAUUUUACCUCUCGGACCUUCAGUGUUCUCAUCUGCAUGAUGGGUGUAAUAGUGAGGACCUACCUCACAGGAUGCUUGGGAAGGUUAAAGUCCGAGCCUCUCCUGAGUUGUUGCUAUUUUAAUAUUAUGAAUUGAGGUCGCUGUCAGUCAGUUUUAGGGGCCAGCCAAAGUGCAGAGAAGUGGAGGGCCCCCUGGUGGAGGUGUGAUGUGGUCUAGGACCUGGGCCUUCUCUCCUGUCUUCGCCCAGGGGAGGCUUGGGAGCGGUAAUAGUGUGAUUCGGAGUCAGCGGCAGAGAGCUCAGAGCGGAGGGCAGACGGCAAAGAAGAACCGGAGGCCCCGAAGCUGGAACAAGAAAGGGCAUGGCUCUGCUGAGGCUGAGGAUGUUGUUCUCUCUUCUCCUCGGAAACCCUCCUUCCCUUUCCAAUGGGCCUGGGAGAGCUACACCACAGAUGGCCAGGCUCCACUUCGGCCUGGCUCCCUCUCCGCCCCAGCGGCCCCCCAGCACAAGUUCAGCCGUAAGGGCACUGACAGCUGUCUAGAGGCCCAUGACUUAUGCUGGAAGAUGAAGGUGCAACACCUGGAGAGGAGACAGCAGCUCGAGGCCUGGGACGUCUCCAUCCCUUCUGGCCAAGGGGAGGGCCGAGAGCUGGAGCUGCCCAGUGAGUGUGGCCUCCAGACACCCUGCAAGAAGUCAGGAUCAGGAUCGGAGUCUGAGGAGGCUGCUGAGGAGGCUGAGAGGGGUCUGAGCUCUGGGGAACUGCCCCAGUCUCCCAGGAGGAGGUCGAUUUUGGAGGAAGAAUGGUUUGCAGAGGAGGCUGAGGAGGAGGAGGAGGAGGGGCACAAGGCCCCCCGCAGACGGAGGGCAGGUUCUCGGAGAAAGGGGUGGAAUUCCUGCGCAGAGGCCUCCGAGGAGAGUGAACUGCAGGGCCAAGGGAGCCAUCCCAGUUCCAAUGACCCCCAAGGACCACAGAGGAGGAAGGCAAGGGCCACGGAGCUGGAAGGGAUGUGGGACCUGGAGAAGAUGAAGAAGCAGAUAGAGCAAAACUUGGACCGUGGCCUCAAAAAGCAUCCCUGGAAGGCUUGGCGGAUUGCUAUCCAAAACUGCAACAGGAGUGGGAAGGCCCAGGCCUUGGGAGAAGAUGAGACACCGUUUGCCAACUUCCCCACCCGUACCGUCCACAAACGGCAGGAGGCCACCAGAAGCAUGCUGCAGGCCUGGGAGCGGCGGCAGCAGGAGGAGCAGCAGCAGGCUGAGCAGCGGAAGACCCGGGAGCAGCAGGUACAGCAGCAGGUGGCCCGCUGCCUGGCAACCUAUGCACCCAGGAGUCAAGGGCUGGGGGCUGCCCAACGCAAGCUGGAGGAGCUGAGCUGCCCACAGGCCCGUCUCCCCACAGGCGCCAGGAGCGGCAGCGCUUUGCCGAGUACCAGGCCGAGCUGCAGGGCAUCCAGCACAGGGUGCAGGCCCGGCCCUUCCUGUUCCAGCAGGCCAUGCAGACCAAUGCCCGGCUCACGGCGACCCGGCGCUUCUCCCAGGUGCUGUCGGCACUGGGGCUGGAUGAGGAACAGCUGCUGGCUGAGGCUAGGAAGGGGGAUGCCAAGGGCACUUCCAGGAGACCCAGGAGCCAACGACCAAUAGGGGAGAGAAUGGAGCACUCUUCUCAGAGCCCCCCCGAGACAGGAACCACUGGCAGCCAGCCUGUGAGGCGCUUGACCCAAGCCUGGACUGGGGAUCCAGUCCCUUAGAUAAAAAUUAAAGGCUUUAUGGAAAAUA